AUGAUAGCACAAUACGUGGAACAGGACCAGCGAACCUGGGAUGAGCUUCUGCCCGAACUAAAUCUGGCCGUUAAUAGCAGCACCUCAGACACGACGGGUUUCAGCCCCGCCUUUCUGAUGCAUAGACGGGAGCCCUGCCUACCCGGAGCACUGUACGACGAUGUCACGCUAGGGCCAAGCGAGACCAGCGAGGACCCACAACACAAGGCGUCGAGGCUCAGCGAAAUCUUCCGGGUGUGCGGCUGCAACAACACCCUGAACGGCAACGACGAACCGCCGGGCUGGCGGAUCUCAAUGUUUUCCACGACCACCACGAUGACAGCAGCCGCCAACGCGAAAACAUCGCAGACGAAGACGACCCGGGCAAAGGAGCCACCACCCACGCGAGUUCAUGAGGGCCACUUAGGACAGUGCGCUGCCCUAACGUCCUCGCUCCGAAAGGAGCGACCGCGGCCAUGCCACACAAAACAGCGACGAGUCACCCAGACGCUGCACCACCCCACGCCUUCACCGGGGGAACACUCCACCCAGCAUGCCGAUCCCGGAGGCAUCACAUCCCACGUGGCCCUGCACCAGCUACCAGAGCUCGACGAAGGCCCGUCCACCUCCCGCGUGGCACUACGACGGCUCGCAAUAGCCGGCGACACCACUGUGGCAACCAGCCAGGAAGGACGACCCGAAGAACCUAUCGGGGAGCUGCUGCUCCUAAGACGGGAGAACGCGGUUCUCCGUAGUGAGCUGAAGCGCCUGCGACAGCGGGAACAGCAGCGACGACCCACUACGGGGACGCUAAAUACAGAGCCCCAAACCCACCAGCGGCUGAAAUCCCCCCCCACCACCAGUAGCGGCACCACAACGCGUAGGCUCCUGGCACCCUCCGCCAGGCACAGCCCGGAGGACCUGCCGCCCAAAGAGGGUACCGAAACCAGUAUCAGCACCGAUAGCGAGGUCGAGGUCCUGUGGGACGGACGCUUUGGGAAGGCCCGACCCUCCAUGGCACAGCGACCCCAAUCCACCGGGAGGAGCCACCAGCCCCGACUCAGGGAAGCUUGCCCCCUCAGCUGGCAGUGGGUGCUGUCGACGCCCCGGACAGAGCCAGCGACGGCCCCCAGCGUCACCAGGGCCUCGAAGGUCUGGAUCGAGGCCGCCCGAGCAGCUAAGGAGAAGCAGAGCGAGGAGGAAGAGCAGAGCGAGGAGGAGGGACUAUGCGAAACCGAAACUCCGGCCGACAGCGGGAAAGGGUCGGAAACCACGGACGAGACCGACAGUGAGGUCCCUAGUCCAUUUCCCAGCCGGGGUGACGAGGAUAGCACGGAGGAGUACCCGUGGACGGAGUCGGGCAUCGACGACGGGCAGCUACGCCACCACCAGAGGCACGGGCCACCACGCAACCUCCCGAACCACGGGCAGCUACGCCACCUCCAGAGGCAUGGGCCACCACGACAUCUUUUAGUCCUAAGUCAUCCUCAUUAA